ACAGUCUCUGAGCCAGAACUAGGUACAGACCAGCCGCGGACAGACUACCGUUUCAGUAACUAUAAAUACACAUCCCUCAGAGAUGGCCUCGCUAAGUUCCGCUCCCCGUCCCCCACCAAAGACAGCACUAGUGUGUCACAUGACGACCUGCGAGUUUAUAACGAUCCGGAGCUGGACGCAUUGGAUCGUAAGUCUUACAGUAUUGAUGUUGGUCUGAACACGUUAGGUCUGGACCGGACAUCACCUCGCAAGUUUAAUCCCUCUCCGGAACGCCUCAACAACAGCAACCGCGAUGCUGGCGAGUCUCCGGUAGGCACACCAAGGAGAGGUCAAAAGGUCGCAGAAAAGAGGUCACAAAGUUCAGGUCCACGAAGUCGAGAGGUCACUAAAUCUGCACCCUGGGAUAUUGAAAAGCGUUACUAUAGUUACCGGUACCAACAGCCUGUGAAAAACCUAGUGGAGAAGUACCAAGGCUUGAAUCUGAAAAACUAGACUUUGUCAGGACUUCAGUGGGAAGAAAAACAAUUUUAAGUUUUUAUGUACAGAACUUAAGAUCUGUUUUGUACAUCAACGUCUUCCUGAUUUGAUUCAGCAUUACAUGUUCUAGUUAUCAGCCAGUUGAUAUUCAGUAGGUUAUUCGUUAGCUAAGAUUGAAUUAACAUUUUGACAAACACAUCAGUACAAAAUAGCAUUGCAGGGCUAUUUCUGAGAGCUUUUUUGGGGGCUGAUAAUGGGCCCUGUUACCAAUAGAAAUUACGUUAUUUUUAAGUCAAUUUUCAAAAACUUUUUACUGUUUGCUUCAGGAUCCAAGCCAAUCUAGUUUCCUCUGAAAAUGAGACAAUUAAAUGGCCUCUCCCAAACCAAAGAAGAAAGCCCUGCAUUGUAAGGUGUCAGAUUUUUUAGUUGUCGGAAGAAAUAGCUGAGUAGUCAUACAAAUAAGUUCGAAUCUUAAGUUUUAAUGAAUGUCUGCUACAACCCUCCAUCUAAACAUGGAAAAACAUUAGAUAUACAAAAGUCCACGAUAGAGGGAAGGUCGUGUGUAUGACAAAAAUCUGUUGCGAUAGAAUUGAGCGAGACGGUGUAAAUAGAAAAAAUUAUCUGUGAUAUAUACAUAGUAGUUUCUGAAGACCAGGACUUAUAUUUUCAUCUCUGAUACAUAGUCAGAAUUUAACUUUCCAUUUUCCUUUUCAUACUUAUAAAUGCUUGUAGAAUUAAAACACUUGAUCAUUUCUCACUGGUGUGUUCACCCUUUUCCAUUUUAGAACUUUUCUGGUGGCUUUGUCCUCGAGAAGAGGAAAAUGAAGUUUUGAGAAAUAGUCUUCGUGUGUUUAGUUGGCCAUGGUUAUAGGAUAUAGGUAAUUACUUCUAUCUACUUACUUUAAAGCCCUGUGUCUUCCCUACGCUUUAGGUUGUCUAGUAACAUCUGUGUUUCCAGUCAGUCAACACUUCAGUGUUGAUUUUGUUGACUUUCGUUAUAACAUCACAAAAAUUGGAUCAUACAGAAUAGAAUUCUCAUCUAGAUAUUCACACGAGUUAAUAUUUAGAUUAAAAUUAAAUUGUUGAAUUACUUAAGAAUCAGAUAGGAGGCAGCUACUGCAGGUUAAGGAUGGAUACAUCAACCCUAAACCGGUAUUUUGGUAUAACAGUACAUGUAUUCUACUAUUAAUAUUCGAUCUAUUCAGUCCACUUAGAUGAUAAAAUUUUUCACUCUUACCUCAGAAAUAUUCAUUUAGAUUUGUUUUUUACGAUUACAUGCAAACUGGGUCAUUUGUAAGUUAUCUAAUUUCUUGCAAUUUUCUUUUUCUUUUUUUUUUCAAAAAUGAUCAAUUUGUAUGAUGUUUUACUACAACACUGUAACACGGGUUUGCAGUCUUGCCUUACAAAUUAAAUGAGGUGUGUAGUAAAAAUUGUAGGUACCUUUUUAUACCGUGUUAAUAUCAUGUCAAAUGGUGCAGCAUUUAUAUAUACAUUGUGUGUAUAACACUGGUGCAGAAAUUAAUACUUCAAGGGAGGUAACUCCUAUCCCAAUGGUGUGUCAUUACUCAAGUUGUCUCCCCUGAAUGUUACUGUAGAAUUCUUGUUUAGUGUUAGUAUGGCGGGAGUGAACACGGUACAUUAGUGUGAAGUUUUACAGGAAUUACAGCAGUUACAGGAUUAGGGAAAGACACAUACCUGGUAUGUUGUCUGUAUCAUAACUCGCAAUGAUAGAAUAUUUCAUUAUUUCUUUGCUAUUACGACACUGUUGAGUCAACAGAGAAACUUACUUUUGUUAUUUUGACAGAACAGGAAUACAAGAGAAUGAUUUUACGCACACUGCUGAGAAAUCCCUAAAAGUAUCAUGUAAUACGAAUGUAAAACCUUAGAUUUGUGGUAAAAAAUAUUUUUACUGAAGACUGGAGUUAAGUCUUAACCUUCAACAAGUCAGCUAGGCUUGUUGUCUGUGCCAGUUUUCACACUCUCCAUAAAAUUCAUCAAUCCUGUACAUACAGACCCUGAUACAAACAGAAAAGAGACAACAUUAUAUAAGCCUGCUGCCUGUAAUAACAAGCCUUGUAUAAUCUCGGGUAUAUUACCAUACGUUUCCGUCCAUUUAGCCCUGUGAUUGUACAGUUGUUAUUUCCCAUUUUGCAUGUGUCUGUUGCUUCCUUCUCUGUAAUUACUUGACAAACAAAUUAUGUUGAUCAAUAAAUUGUUGGGAAUAUUUGAUUACACAAAACAUUCCAGAUCUCUCAUAUUCCUGCCAUUUUGAACAAGUCCUUCUUAUGCUGCCAGACUUUGGCGUUAUAUAGGUCAGUACUACAAUGUUUUCCCUCAGGCUGUUUUAUCCAGUUAUAACCAGUUUUUACCAGUUAUAACAGUAGUCUUUGUGAGUUAUGUGUAUAGAAAACAAACAUUAUGUUAACAGUUUAUCUACAUGCUAGUCAUACCUUGGUUUUGUUGAGUUGGUGUUUUUU